UCGAAAAACAAAUGGUUUCAUUGUAUCCAUAACGACGUUUACAUUAACGCCAUGAGUGUUUACAUUCGGUAGCUAUUUUAUCGAUAAGAUUUUGAUUAUACAUUGAGCAUUUCAAUGGCGACGAAUAAGAAUAUCAAAGAAUGUGGGUGGUUUUAUCAUGCACCUGCUAAGAGACAGGACCCCAAGUCAGAGCCAGUACUGGUUCCUGCUGCCUCUCAGAUUCCGGGUCUGAACUCUGACCUUCCUCCUGAAGAUGACAUUCAGAGGUCACUGUUCCGAGACACAGACACUAAGUAUGUCCGACUGGCAAAAUCUGGAGGGAGACAAAAUCUCUUGCAAUUCAAGGAAAAUCCGGAUAUGAGAAAACGAGAGCCUAAGGCCUAUCCAAGAAAUGAGUGGUUUUACUUAGAGGACAAUAGACUUGAAGAGGAAGAGGGAAAAACUGCAUCAGAUCCUUACCAGUUCACAGUACCAGAAUACAUGUACCACGAAGUGUUCAAUCCAGAUGCACAAACAGAUUCCUAUGAACGACCAAGAAGAGCAUUGUAUGGGUUUGACAAUGUCUCAGCUUUUGAGAGAGAAGGAAAGGGCGUUACAGAUAAAACAGUCAAGUUACCAGAGGUGAUAAAACCGGGCUAUGGUGUACGGAGUGGUAAACCACUGAGAAUGAAGAAACAACCACCUGCUCCUGCCGGAGUCAAAACCGCCCAGCAAGUGUCAGCAGCCAAGAUGGUGGACGAUGGCAGACCUAGACUGAAAUAUUUACCAAUGCCAGAAGCUUCAGAUAAAACAGAGAAAGCAAAGAUGUCUAAACUUUUGUCCUACACUUAUGACAAAGAAUGGCAUGAUGAGGUUCGCAAGUGGGAGUACAAGCAAGACAGACUGAGAGAAAAACACAAACAAAUGAUCGCGGCCCAGGGGCCACAGAAUCAGGAGCCACUGGUCUCCGAGUACAACACCACCAUUGGCAAGAGUAGACCUCCAGCAUACCAACCACAAAAAAGAGGAUACACAGGGGGAUCUGGCCACCAGUCCAAUCGAUCGACGAUCACCUCCACCACAAACUCAAAGAGGGGGGAGAGGAUGCCAGAGAAAGAACUCUUCAAAAUGUCAAAGUUCAAGAAUGUUCAGUCAAGAGUUGACCAGACAAUGCCAAAAGCAAUGGUUGCAGCCACACACUGAUUUUUUUUGUUUUAUUAUUGUAUGAAACUUAUCUGUGAUGCUUAUAUAUACACUCUUAGAACACGGAAUGUACGUUGACUUUCCGAGGCGAUGUCUCAGAGUGCCGAUGAGGAAUUUUUUCUGGUUGAUUAUGUACAUCAAUUACAUGUUGAUUCAUCCAUUUUACAGUAAUGAAUUUUACAAAUUUAUAUUGGAAUCAUUUUGAUAUGCAGGUGCAUAAUAAUUCAGAAUAAUCAUGAGAUAAAACAGUAUUUAGCUUUUUCAGUCUCAAAAUUAAAGAGUAUUCUAAGAAAACUUUUUAAAGUAUUACUAGUUUAGGAAAGUACAUGUUUACUUCUUAUUGAAGAAAAACUAUUUACAAAAUUUUAUUACAUAAACCCAAUUAACCUUUACCCAUGCAAUUUAUUUUUGUUAUGAAAUAAAUAUCGUUUUUUUUUUUUUAUUAUUUAAUACAGCAAUUCCUAUUUUUUUUUUUUUUUUUUUUAUAAAAAAUCAUUUUACAUUGAUUUGUUUCAACCAUUAUAAAGUCUUUGGAUGUUUUGUUUUGGCCCCAUUGUGUAGCAGGUCUUCCCCAAUCUGUUAGUGUGUAAAAUCAUAUUAGUUUUAAUUAUAUUUUUUUUUAUUUUUUAAUACAAGCACCUUUAUCUAUGACCUGGUACAUUCAUGUGAUACUGAAAUACUUAAUUUUACGUGCUACAUUUUUUUAAA